AUGAAAUACGGCGAAACGCUGCGGCAGCGUUCAAUACCGGAAUGGAGUCACCACAACAUCGAUUACGACGACAUCAAACACUUCAUCAAAGAGCACACAACACCAGGAAAGGGCAAGACGGUCUCCGUGCCAGGUCGCGGCGAUGAUAAGCUCGUAGAGUUCGAGAACGCUCUAUUCCACAUCCUAGCCGAUCAGCACCAGCGGAUCGACCUCUUUGUUAGAAGCAAAGCCGGCGAGAUCCAGCGACGACUUGAUCACGCAAAGAAACAACUCCGCGCGCUCUCCUCCCGUCAAGCCUCCGUCGCGGACAAUAGGAUUCCCGUCGGUCGACUCGAACGAUAUGGCCGGCUCGAGAACGAUGUCAUCAAAGCUGGAGAGGAGAUCAAGUCUCUUGCUCGGUUCACCGCAACACAACGGACGGCCUUUCGGAAACUGUUGAAAAAGUACAAGAAAUGGACAGGGUCGGCGGAGUUGGAAGAUCGAUUUCGAGAUGAGGUCCUGGACGACCCGAAGAACUUUACACAGCUGGACCUGGGACCAUUACUCGACGAGUAUUCGAAUACCAGACAGCGGAUAAGAGCAUUGUAUGACAAUCAAGUGAAGAAGGCAGAGGGAGGCAAGAAGGUGGGACUACCUACGGCUCCCGCGAGCUCUUCGGCGAUCCGACAGCUUCAAGAGGUUGUGGCUAGUGGCUCCAAAGUAUACUUCGAUACGAACAUCGCUACGGUCCCACUGGGCGAGUCUGGGACUUUCGCCAGCUACUUCGUCCAUGUGGAAAAUGUGGUCGAGCUGCAGGUAUUACUGCUACAGUACGCACGAUUCUACUCCUCGAGGAGCAGAUCCAACUCUGUUGCAUCGCCCAUUACGACCGAGGCCCAGAUGGAGUUCUUUGCACAAGCACGACCAGAUGUCGCGGAUUAUCACAUGCUGGUGGCAGACAAUCUGGAACGCUUCGCGAAAGAGCAAAGUGCGUUGACCGUGGACGAUCGCGAACAUCUUCCUGGAAUAUUCCCACAAAGAGCGAAGGCUUCGGUACGCUGGAACAACGAUGAGGAUGCGCUCGCCAGUCUUCGCUCUAGAUCAGGGAUUACUAAGAAUGCAUAUCUGAGGAGGAAACAUGUGCACGACUUCUUUGAUCAGAAGGCCGAGUUCUCCGCGCGACCAGACGAGAGUGUCUCCGAAAACGCGGACCACGUGGAAGAGCUUCGUAAGGAGUUAUUGAAGGAUGAUAUUCGGCCGCUGUUCCAGCUCUCGAGCUGUCGCUCGCGCUUAGUGGGUCUUGACGACAAUGACGAAGGAAUGCUGCUUGCAACACUGGAUACUGGGAUCACCAUCUCGAAAGCCGGUGCAGACAGUGGCAAGGAUAAGAAAUCGCCCUUUCCGUUCGCUAUUCUUCUUAUCAGACAGGAGGGAAAGCCAAAUUCCGAGCUUCUCCCGGUGCUCGACAGCAGUCAUUUGGUCGAGCGCGUACGCGGCUUCUCCCUCGAAUACCACUCCAUCUGGCAGACCCACCGCCCCGAAAACAUGCCACCUCCAUUCUGGGAGCCAAUUCUUUCGCGCGACAUUCGCAAGCUGCCACCACCAGCUAAAUCCAAGCGAACCAACGCCCUUAGUGAAAGUAAUUCGGGAACACAAUCUGCCGGGUCAAGCGGCUCCUUCCGAGGGACCACAGACAGCGCCACAGCCGUCGAGAAUGGGCCCAACAGCCCGGCUCAGCUCGAAGUCCCACCUCUAAAGUCCUUCGGCAAGAAGAAGAAACGCCGUGCCUACCCGGAGGCUGAUUCUGACACCCCUCUCAAACCACGAUACUGGAGUGAAUAUGACCACCCCGAGGACUUGGAUGAUGGCGAUGCGAAUGCUUUCGUCAUCUUCGUCGACCCGAACCACCGCAGUGCCUUUGACCGUUUCUUCGACAGCAUCGCCCGCCUCUUCGGACAACACCAGUACUCUGAUGCUGCCGAGCGACAAGGCCUACUCACUGGCCAGACCACCCCUGAAGACGAGGAAUCUUCAGACGAAGAGUCCAGCGACAACGUCGCAGCCCCUAGCCGCAAACGUGCGUCUUCGACUUUCGGCACCUUCUCCCGGCCGACAUCUGUCAACCCUUCGCAGUACCAAGCAAAGUCUCAACAGCAACAGGCACCACUGCCUUUCCUUGCGCACUUUCCUUCUGUCUGCUACGCCGCUUCCCUCCUCUUGCUGCUGGUGGCCUACAUCCUCCGCACUACAGGCCGACACAAGCUGCUGAGAGAAGUACACUACGGCGUGCUCCUGUGCGUGGUGUGCAGUAUCAUCUUCACUCUGCUUGGGUUUACGGCUGUCAUCACGAGCAGCAGUGGGAGUAGAAGUCCGGGUGGUAUCAAUGGAGAGAGGAGACAGGCUACGCGGCCUGCAGCGUGGAUCGUGAGUGUUGUUGUGUUGGUUGUGGACGCGGUAGGGAGUGGAGGGUUGUUGGCGUGGAUGCUGAGUUAG